CGUGGAUCAACUUCCGUAAACAUGAAGAGUGCGAUCAGCUACACAAAAUACUCUCGUUUGAAAGAGUAUUUCAGAUUAUUUAAAAGCAAAGAAAUAACAUUUAAAAGAACUCUUACUUCUGCAACGAAUACAGCAAGUGAUACUGAACAAGUAGAGGAUGAGUCUGCUUCAAAUCGAGAAAGAUAUCCUGGUCAUAUACCAACAACUGUGUUCCAGAAGGUUCUCCUUACUGCCGGAUCUGCUGCUAUGGCUUUAUAUAAUCCUGAGAGGGGUGAUAUGGUAGCUACACUUGGAGAUGUGACAGCAACCUCAGCACUCAAAUAUAUGAAACAAAAAAUGGAGGUAGAUCCUGUUGGACAACAAAUUUUAAGAGAGCAACCUAUUAUAAACACAAGUACAGUCUCAAUAGAUUAUCUUGGUAAUUUACCAGGGAAUACAUUUGGGAAAGAAUACUGGAGAUUCCUCAGCAAUCAUGGAUUUUCACCAGAUGGUCGCCUGCCUGUUCAUUAUGUUGACGAUCCUGAACUUGUAUAUGUGAUGUUACGAUACCGUCAAUGUCACGAUUUAUUCCAUACAAUACUUGGCUUGAAGCCAAAUAUGUUAGGAGAGGUAGCGGUCAAAUGGUUUGAGGCAAUACAGACUGGACUCCCUAUGUGUCGAAUGGGGGCAGCUUUUGGAGGUCUUAGGCUUGGACCUGUACACAGACAAAAGUACAUUUCCACAUAUCUACCAUGGGCAAUUAGAAAUGGACGCAAUGGUAAGAUGUUGAUGUGCGUGUAUUUCGAGAAACAUUGGGAACGUGACCUUGAAGAAUUACGAGAAGAGCUAAACAUAGAACCUCCUCCGGAAAUACCCUAUCCAUCGUCAUAAUAUAGACUUCUUAAAUCAAUGUUUAUAUUCUUAUAGACUUAUACUGUUUAUUAUUGCUUGAUUUGUUACCAGAGUGUUGCUUAUUUUCUCUUUACCUUUAGAACUCAUUUUAUUGAAUAGAAUGUUUUCUUUCUUUAUGGUUAUUUAAGUUACAUCGUACAUUAGUGAAGUUAGAGUGUUAAUCUAAGGCCCUAAUUUAAAUGAUGCUUAAAGUGGAUUGGUCUAUAAUGGGCAUAUUUUUCAUGAGUAUUUCAAAUAUUGAUAAAAGCAAUAGAAAUAUAUCAUUUGGGUGUUCUUAUGAACUAUUUCUGGAAAACUGACCAUUGAUAGAGCUCUAAGGUGAUUCAGUAUGAACAUAUAUAAAGAAUAAUAGUAUUUUGUUCUAGAACAAUUUAUUAUCUGCUAGUAUAUAUUUAAAUGUCAUAUCAGAUCAUGUAUUCAACAUCAUUCCAUAUAUAAUUGUUUUGAGGUUAGUUUUCACAUAUGAUGGUGAUUACUAUCAACAUAAUUGUUUAUUUUAUUACAGAUCUUCUAUUCUAGACCAAUUCACUUUAUACGAAUUAUUAGAUCAGUGAUAUGAUCAAAGUAUAGCCAUUUCUUUAAAACUUUUAAUUUUAAUAUUACUGAUUUUUCAAUCUUUUUCUUUUAUAAUAUCUCAUCAUUUGUUACAGUCCUAUUGGACAGAUCAUUUCAGUAACAUGUUUGUAAAUGUUGUUUAGAAUGUAGUUUGUUUUUAGACCAGUGAUUCCAAUUACUGAAAGAGCACUUGGGCAGUCAUUCUUGACUAUUCACUUAACAAGGACAGUUAUGUGUUUGCAAAUUCGACAUUUGGAAAAAGUUUGAAAUGUUACACUAAAAGUGCCAUAUAUUCCUUUUGUCAAAUUGUUUGUUAAAAAUUCUGUUUAAAAAUAGAAUGUAGAUGAAGAUUUAUUUAAACACUGUCACCAUGUUCAGAUUUAUAAAUAAAAGUUAUUACAUCCCACUUA